CACGCCCAGGCAGACAUAUAAACAACGUCUGACAACAAAGGGUGCUUAAAGAUGUCUUUUAUAAGUUUUACAUAUAAUUUUGGACGAAAGUUUGCUUCAUUAACGGUCUUAAAAAAUUACUAAUUUCAUAUAGAAUGUAUUGAUUUUGGCAUAAAACUGAUUUUCAGUAGAAGAUAAUGUCAUUGACAUAUGCUCUCACACGAACAUAAUUCAUAUAAUAUGUAUGGUGAUGUUAUUACGGGGUGAUGACGCAGUUUAAUAAACCUAGGAGUAAUUUCGUGAAGUGUUUCAGAUUCGAACCCAGGCAUUGACAUACUUAAUUUCGUGGUGAAGGUCAGCUAAAAGCAACGGUUAACUGCAACAAGGAACGUUAAACUCAAAAUUGUGUAUUUAUUUAGUGAAUUUCUGUGGUGUCCAACUACUUUUUUGCAAUAGGUGCAAGGGUAUCGACGGGAGCCUAAACUCGUUGGCCAUCUGAAUCGAAUGCUUCAACACACAUAUGAAGAGAAGUUGUUAUUUUUAUAUGAGUUAAUUGGUUAAGUUUAUUCUACUUUUACACACCUUUCACUGAAAUACAUUUUUUGCCUAUGGGUUAAAUUCGCAGGACCCUCCCACUUUGCUCUUUAUUGUACUGUAACUAGCUUUUUUAUUAGCGGUACGAAUUAUCAAAACAGCCAUCUCAUGAACUUCCCUAGCUGUGCGAAAAUCGACAUUUUAGCCUCAUUGCUGAACCUCAUUGAAUUUUUUUUCUUAACCUUAUAUGCUUAAUCUCAGUAUUUUCGUCGUUCGUUCGCAAAAUGCUCCUGACAAUUGAACUGAAAAUUUCAAUGAUUAGCAAAAACAACACUUGCAAAAUUACCAUUUGGUUCUAUUAAAGGACGGCCGUUGUGUAUAGGUACCUUCAAAUUCGUCCGACAAUAUCGCGACUGUCUUCGAAAAAGCUAUUAUUAUAAGUUUGCGAAUGCGCGCAAUGGCGGUAUUUGUGCACUUUCGUCCUCAGCUCUUUGUCUGUGACCGAGCCCUAAAGCUAAAUGCAUGGACCGGCGGCGAACGACGUUUUACUAUCGACUUUAUUCUCUAGUAUGUGACGUUAUUUAACAAUAGAUUCACUUGAAUGGAACAAUUUAGGCAUUUGCCUUCAUCCAAUUGUAUUCAAUACCGUGACUGAAAACCCUUUCGGCUGUUAGUUCUAUCGCCCGGCUCCACAACGCUUGGUGGUAGCGGAAAACGCCGUAGUAUGAAUCUGCUCAUACUGCAAAAAUGUCGUUAACUUUUCAACGAGUUAUACUGGCUUUUGGGGUGUGCACAAGCUUAGUGAGAGCUUUUACGUGCCCCACAGUUUGCUUUUCGUGUCAAAACAUGACAGAAAUCUGCCCGCUACCACGACUCUGGUCUGAUGAUUACCUCGAUGUGUGUAACUGCUGCCCAAUUUGUGUAACGCUCAUUGAUGAGGGUCAGUCGUGUGAUGAAUGCCAGCAAUCGUCUGUGAAUUCCUCUCAGUGGAUGCGACCUGAAAGGCAAUGCAAACCUAACCUUUAUUGCCUCUGUCGUUCCAUUCCGGACACGCGUUCAGACUGCGAAAAUGAAGAAACGACAGUGUCACCCGCUCGUGAGUCGUCAGAGCAGGUGACAGGAGUAUGUCGAAAGGUUUCGGAGGUCCCACCCGAGCACAUGGUGACACUCAGCUAUCCGAAGUGGACCCACACGUCAGCUCCGCUAGCCGUCGUGACAUCAGUAACGAGCGAUACUUGAAGUGGAGAGCUCUUCUUAAAGAUCGUUCCAGCAAACACCAACGGCAAUGGAGCUGUCAUCAUUUCCUGAUAGUAUUUUUCUAGAAAUGUACCUUUUGUUUUUCGGGCCUUGUCUUCAUUUUCAGUGUUGCACUUAUGAGAGCUGCAUGCUUUUUGAGUGAAUUCAAUUCGAGAGCUUUAUCUGAGGAAUUUGAAAAAGUUUUAUACUAAACAGGAAAAGUAAUGUUAGGUUUUGUUACAUGAAAGCUAGCAGGAUUUAAAACUGUUAUAUAUUGUUUUCAUUUAAGUCAUUAUGACACUGGGGACAAAAUAUGUGUCAAUUAAUCUUCAACGAAAUAUCAUAAACAAAUCAAUGCAUGGGAUAUAUGGCUAAAAAACAAAUUCAAUUCUUAGAGUAAACCCAAACAGUAAAUCAGAGUACGUAUUCAAAAUAUUCGUUUAAUAUCCAGUACCUAUUCUGAUGUUGAGUAUUUUACUCACAAAUCAUAGCUUAUAUUUGCUCUUUGUAACGCUAAUAAAAUUAAGUCUGCAAUUAGCACACAAUAUAAAGGAAAGAGUUUCUUUUUUGCUUAGGGUUUAACAGGAAUUAAAAAAGCCGACAACAAUCAUAUAAUCGUUUAUAUAUUUUUGAGGACGAUUGAUUUAAUAUUGAUUUGUGAAUAUUCUUUG